AUGCUUCACCUUAGCAAAGGUGUAAUCAGGAUUAUAUAUUUCUUUAGUUUCAUUUUGUUUCUAAAUUAUUUCAUUUUUCCUAUUAAAACUAUUUUCUUCAAUGCCUCCUUUCUUGGUAUUUUUUUUCUUUUUAAUAUCUUUUUUCUUCCUUUUUAUCUUUAUUUCAUAUUCUUUCUUUUUUGUAUUCUUUUUUUCUUUUUAAUAUUCUUUUCUUUUUUUUAUAUUAUUCUUUUUUCAUAUUCAUCUUAUUUCAUAUGCUUUUCUUUUUUGUCUCCUUUCUUUUUCAUGUUCUUUCUUUUUAAUAUUUUCUUUUUAUUAUUUUUUCUUUUUGUUUUCUUUUUAUUCCUUUUUGUCUUUAUUUUAUAUUCCUUCUUUAUUCAUUAUUUUCUUUUACAUAUUUGUUCCUUUUGCUUUCCUUUUUCAUAUUUUUCUCUUUUACCUUCUUUUUCAUAUUCUUUCUUUUUAUAUUAUUUUAUUUUCAUCUUCUUUCUUUUUUGUCUUCUUUCGUUUACAUAUCCUUUUCUUUUUAUAUUCUUACCAGCUCAGAGAAAACUAUUUUAUUUCAAUAUCUUUCUUCAUAAAAAGGAAAUUGAGAGAAAAUUUUUUUUUCUAUCUAUCUAUCUAUCUAUCUAUCUAUCUAUCUAUCUAUCAGGUUACAUUAAGAGACAAAUAUCACAGCUCAACUCUCUAUCUAUCUCAGUCUGUUCAUAUCUAUCUCUAUAUCACUCUGCUUAUAUCUAUCUAUCUAUCUAUCUAUCUAUCUAUCUCUUCAUAUCUAUAUAUUACUCUGUUUAUUUCUAUCUAUCUAUCUAUCUAUCUAUCUCACCUGUUCCUGUUUUUCUUUCUUUCUUGCAUUUUUUUCUAUCCUUCUUCCUAUUCCUAUGUAUUGCAAUUUGUUUUUCUUUCUUUCUUUCUUCCUCUUCAUAUCUAUCCCAAUCUGUUUUUCUUUCCUGCUUUCUUUCUGUAUUUAUUCCUAUUCAUAUCUAUCUCAAUCUUUUCUUUCUUUCUUUCUUUCUUUCUUUCUUUCUUUCUCUUCAUACCUAUCUCAAUCUGUUUUGUUUUUUCUUUUCAUAUCAAUCCAAAUCUGUUUUUCUUUCUUUCCUUCUUCCACUUCAUAUCUAUCUCAAUCUGUUUUUCUUUCUUUCUCUUCAUAUCAAUCUCAAUCUGUUUUCUUUCUUUCUUUCUCUUCAUAUCUAUCUCAAUCUGUUUUCUUUCUUUCUUUCUCUUCAUAUCUAUCUCAAUCUGUUUUCUUUCUUUCUUAAUAUGUUUUUCUUUUUUCUUUCUUCCCAUUCAUGUCAAUCUCAAUUUGUUUUUCCUUCUUUAUUUAUUUAUUCCUGUUCAUAUGUUCAUUUAUCCAUUUGUUCUUUAUUUUUAUCUAUCUAUAUAUCUAAAUCUCUUUACCUAUCUACUCAUAUAUCUCAUUCUGUUAAUAUCUAUCUAUCUAUCUAUCUAUCUAUCUAUCUAUCUAUCAGUCUUGGUAUUCAUUUGCAAAAGUCUUCAGAUGUAAAAAGAAAAAAAUGA